ACCACUAAACCUCCAGAGGACGCUGCUGGCCCCUUUCCCGACUUCCACGAGGCGCUCUUGCUGGCGCGCGACUUCCCUCCUUUGCUCCACUCAGACCAGGCGCGGGAAGGAGGACGGGCUCCAAGAGGAGGCGGGUGCGGAAGUGGCUGGCACUGUGGCAGGAGCGUCAGCAGUUCUGCUCGAGGGGCGGGGGCGAGGAUAUUCACCAGGAAGACUCUACUUUAUUGAAGAUUAUGGUGAAAUCUGGAGGAAAAGGAGUGAAUCUAAAAGACAAACUGGAGGGCAAUGAGUUGGACUUGAGCCUGUGUGACCUGAAUGAGGUGCCGGUUAAAGAGCUGGCAGGGCUUCCAAAGGCUACCAUUUUAGAUUUAUCCUGUAACAACCUUACUACUUUACCUUCAGAUUUCUGCAGUUUGACCCACCUGGUGAAACUUGACCUAAGUAAAAAUCAGCUUCAGCAACUACCUUCGGAAUUUGGUCGCUUGGUCAACUUGCAACACCUAGACCUUCUGAACAAUCAAUUAGUUACCUUGCCAGUCAGUUUUGCACAACUCAAGAACCUGAAGUGGCUAGAUCUGAAGGACAACCCUCUGGAUCCCACGCUUGCUAAGGUAGCUGGAGAUUGUUUGGAUGAAAAGCAAUGUAAACAGGCUGCUAUCAGGGUACUGCAGCAUAUGAGGGCCAUCCAAUCUGAGCUGGAUCGUGAGAGGCAACGAAAACUACAAGCAGAGCGAGAGCUGGAGAAGAAGCGUGAGGCAGAGCAACGAGUGAGGGAAGCUCAAGAGAGGGAACUGCGGAAGCGGGAGAAGGCUGAAGAGAAAGAACGCCGGAGACGGGAGUAUGAUGCCCUGAGAGCAGCAAAGCAGGAAAUGGCAGCGCAGUCAAGGAAAGAAAAGGGUGAGAAUCCAAAACUCUCCGUUUCCCAUCCAUCAAACCCACCCCAACACAAACGGUCCUGGUCUAGAGUCCUAUUGAAGAUAUUACUGUUCCUGCUGCUAGGUGCCCUCAGUACUCUGGCUAUUUGUAAGAUUACAGAGUUGCAGCGCCAGCCUGUAUGCAUCAGUGUGAACACGCUCUAUGAAGAUGUACUAACCCUUUUGCAAAGUCGUGAAAUCCUUCAAAAUGUACUGCAGCCAAACACACAGCAGUAGCGUCUCGAUCCUUCCUUUGUCAGUACCUCCUGCUGUUUUUGUAUCAGUACAGCCAGAAUUCCUAUGGAAUUAAGCACCGGUGACAAUUACCUUUGGUCAUUCAGCAUUGGGUUUGGUGGCCUAAUUCAAACAGAGCAGAAUCACUGCCCAGAUCACUUCCCUUGACCUGCAGCUCCUGUAGUAAAUUAGAACUUACUGUCAUUUCCUUCCUCCAUAAUGGAACCUUUCCUAGGCUACUGGUUUGUAGACAAGUAAGGGGGGAUAGUACUCUUAAUAGCAGCCUUGCUCUGAGAGUUGACACCUGUUUUGUCAUCUUAAGAAGUUUUUGCUAUUGCAAAUACAUGUUUACUCUGGGAACAAGUACUUUACUAGGAUGAUUGAAUGCAACCAUUCAUGGGGGAGUGGAGUAACGGUUAAUGUUACCUUGUGUACAUACAUAUGUAAUUUUUCUCAGCAACUUUUUGUUGGAUUUGUAGGUGGAAACUGGUGAUUAUAGGUUGUAAAACAACUGAUCUAAGGUAUGCUUUUUGGAAAAUGCAUAUCUGUGUAUGUAUGCAUCUGCUAAGACCUGAUUCUUCUCUUCCCAGAUAUUUGUUGUGCCAAUGAAAAUAAUGUCAGUGUCUUAUGAAUUCUGCACCCAAAGUUAGCAAUUAGCUAUGUAAUUUUGAUUAGCUGUAUAAUUAAAAUGUUUUUUUUACAUUUUUGAAUUGUUUAAAAACAA